GGUGGAGUCGGAUCACAAGAUAGCUGCAUAAAUCGAGCCUAGUAUUUUAACCUUUGCUUCCGAAACAAGAUUUCCAAGGGUUUUUAUAUCAUUUUCUCUUAUCAGCUGCUCAACAUUUUCUAUCUCUGAUUCUCUAAAUUAUUCAACUUUUUGUCCCGUCGUGCCCGGCUGUCAAAACACUCUGCUCUCGCUUCAUACGCUCUGUCCGAUUUGUGUUAUCCUCUAUUUUGAACAUGAUGAUCCAACCUAUACUAUUGCUAUUAGCCUACUAAGCAACAGCCGACUCUACUACUCGAGCGGCUAGGUAUCAUCACCAACCUAUCCAUAAUCUAUACUACCCUAGACUAUUAAAAGAUAGACCCAACGAACCCCGUUGCUACGCCAUCGGAUCUCCUCAGCCCUCAGGAUAUUACCAACGUAAACAAACCCCACCGACCAGUAGCAUCCCUCCGAUAAUUUACCCUACGAAAAUCCUCACACGAAAAGCAAGGCAAAAAGCAAAAAAAUGGCAACGGCACGACCGGCAUCGGGCCGGCCGCCGUCUCCCUCCCCCUCUCAAGUUCCUCUUCCAGCAUCUCCAACAUACUCCUACGCCUCAACAGCCAAUCCGCUCUCAUCCUACAACCUACCUCUCCCACCACCACCUCGGCCCGCACACGCAGUCCUUACCAAAGCCGACCUCGACCAAUCCCAACUCGCAUACUCCGACCUCCUAGCCACAGCCAAAUCAUACCGAAUCGCUCUCUCAUCCCUCUCCACCGCAGCCUCAGCCUUCGGGUCCGCACUCGAAGCCUGCGCACGACUAAAAGAAUCGCGCGCGGACGCCCUAGGACCACCCGGCGGCGCUAGUCUAACGAAUAGCUUCACGACCAAGAACUCAUGCACAGCGGACCUCCUCCUCAGCGCUAGCGGCGUGCACCACCUAAUCGCAAACCACCAACAAAUCCUCUCCGAAACUGUAUACCGGUCCUUCGAAGUUCCCCUACUCCACGAGCUCGAUCGAUGGCGGCGCGCAAUCGAAGAUGAGGACGAGACCUAUAAACGAGAAGUCGCUACGCGAAGUAGGGAAAUCCGUCGACUAGAGAAGGAAGGGUUGAAAUUGCAUAGACAGAGUCGAAGACGCGAUGUCGCUAAAUUUCGCGAGCAUUUGGUUACGCUGACGAGUAAAUUGGAUGGGCUGACUUCGUUGCAUGCCGGGCAUGCGCGGACUUUGCUGCGCGAUUCCCAGGAAACGUCGACGAGGAUCUUGGAUGCGAGUUGCUCGUUGGUGCGGGCUGAGGUUGAUAUUUUUGAGGGUUUGGCGAGGAAAGGUUGGACUGGAGGUGGGCUUGACGAUUUAUUGGAGAAAGGUCAGGAUCUAUUCGCCAGUGAAGAGGAUGUGCCUGCUGCGGUAGCGACGGCGGGUGGUGCGGUGGCGGUUGUAGCGGCUGGGACUGGGAAUGCGAUUGAUGGGGGGGCGAAGCUGUUUAGUAUACUACCGCCUAAAAGCAUUCUCGCGAACGACGCUGCUUCGGACUCUGGACGUACAGCACGAGGCCAUGGGCGUGCGGAUAGCCUAUUGGUUGAUUCCGAGGACCAGUAUCAAAGCCUAACAGGGGCUAUAGAUCACCAAGAUCGCGGGAGAGAAGAGGGUGCUGGGAAGAAGGGAGGUGACACAGAAAGCAUAUUCUCCGAAUCAAACACGAGCCGCGGUCUACGGCCGUUUAGUCCACAGCCUAUACGGCGGCGGCCCACGGAUGUCAUAAUGGACCCGGAAUUUCUAUUAUCAGGUGAUGACGAACCUGGAAACGGUACCCCUGAAGAUGAUGGCGAUGAUGAUUCAUAUGAUGCUGCGACUGUUAAGGGCGCUAGGGACGCAUCAGCUCAGGGGCUAGGUAUAGCGCCAGGAGCACGAGGGUCCGUACAACGUAUAUCAUCAGAUGAUGACAAUCGAAACGGAGAAUCUGAAUCACCAUGGAGGGAUGAAAGGACACGGCAGAGGUCAAGCAGUAGUGUCAAUCGCGUCCAAGGUUUCCCUCCACUGCCAGCAAGUGAAGAUGGGAUGGAUGAUAGAUGAUAGAUUAGGGUGUUUGUCUAGUUUGGUUACAUUGGAAGUAUACUCCUAGUAUUGAUACACAAGACGGGUUUAAAUAUCAUUGUUACACGAGUAUGAUUAAAGAUGAUGUGGGUAGGGAGGUCGACAAUGCGAUAGCGCCGUUAUGAGUUACGGUACACGCAUACAGAUACAGAUGGGAUGGAUGAGUUGGUUAUUACUCUCAUCAUGACUAUAAAGGUAGAUCAAUAGAUGAAAGACACUUCAUCAGUUCAAACAAGUUUAAUACUGACAUUUCAUCUUGAG